CACCCAACGAGAAAUAAAGACCUCACUCUCUUUCACUGUCCUCUGCAUAUGUGCGCCUGAAAUGGAGCCAACGAGAAACAAAUGAAUGAGUGAGUAAUGAGUAAGUGAAUAGUCAUUGUAGCUGUGUGCUGUUGCUGUUGUUGCCGUAUUUCUCCGCAAGAUCGUGUCAUCUAGAAUCUCCAACCGCAUUGAGACAUACAGAAAUGUGUUCAAACUAAGUCUCAAACCCCAAAAACCCUAAGUAGAAAAACAAGGAGAAACCCUAGGAGUAUUAAAGUUGGAAUUUUUGAGCUUCAAUUUGGGGAAUUUGAUUGAAGAAGAAUGGAAGGAAGUAAAGGGAGUAGUAGUAACAUGGAAAAUGAUGGUUCAAAUGAUAAUAAUGGUGGUAGACCACCAAAUCCACUUGCUGGGGCUUAUAGACAGUGUUUUAGUAACUCUAAAGUUGGGAACAAGACACUCAUUCGUCAUCCAUCUUUACAGGUAAAGACGCCUUCAGAUGUUUCUUUUGGACCACCAGUUAUCGGUGAGCGCUAUGAGACGGAGUUCAUUCCUAUUGUUCGUUCUGGAGCAUGGACUGACAUUGGAUUUCGGCCAAACAUGGAAGAUGCAUAUAUUUGUGUUGAUGAUUUCGUAAAUGAUUACGGGAUCAAGAAUUUUUUCGGUAAAGGGCCCGGAGCUUUUUAUGGGGUCUUUGAUGGUCAUGGCGGAAAGCAUGCUGCGGACUUUGCUCGUAACAAUCUCCCAAGGCUCAUCCUAGAGGAUGAAGACUUCCCGAAGGAGAUUGAAAGGGCAGUUGUUUCUGCUUUCCUGCAAGCAGAUAGCGCUUUUGCAGAAGCUUGUUCCACUGAUACUGCUCUUGCUUCUGGUACAACUGCACUGACAGCUCUUGUGUAUGGGAGGUCGUUGGUUGUAGCAAAUGCUGGAGAUUGCAGGGCGGUACUCUGCCGUCGCGGAAAAGCAGUUGAGAUGUCAAGGGAUCACAAGCCGAUUUGCAUAAAAGAGAGGACGCGGAUAGAAGCUUCUGGAGGUUAUAUUGAUGAUGGUUACCUCAAUGGGCAGCUAAAUGUUGCUCGUGCUCUGGGUGACUGGCACAUGGAAGGAUUGAAGCAUCAAAAUGGUGGUCCCCUCAGUGCUGAACCCGAGUUGAUGAGGACUAGGUUGACGGAGGAGGAUGAAUUCUUGAUCAUGGGCUGUGACGGGAUCUGGGAUGUGUUCAGGAGCCAGAACGCUGUGGACUUUGCACGACGGAAGCUCCAAGAACACAAUGACCCAAUCAGGUGUAGUAAGGAGCUGGUAGACGAAGCCCUUAAGAGAAAGAGUGGGGACAAUUUAGCAGUUGUGGUGGUGUGUUUUGAUUCAAACCCACCGCCAAACCUGGUUGCUCCAAGGCCACGACUGCAACUUGCCCGGAGCAUAUCUGCUGAAGGUUUAAGGGAGUUGCAGGGGUUUUUAGACUGCAUGGGGGACUGACAAAAGGUAUCAUGACCAUUUUUUUCUCUCUAAUAUUUUUCUAUUUUGAAGUAGGAUUUAGUUUGUUGAGAAUCAACAAGAGGUGAUUUUGCAACUGUAACAUAUGCGGCAGGUAAGGCGGCAGUUUUUCCAUUUCUUGUUACCUUAGUUCGAUUCUAACCUUUAGAAUAUCUUUACUUGACUAUACAAUCUCUGUAUUUUCCUGAAAUGAAAUGAAUCUUGUAUUACUAGUGUGAGGCCGCCAAGUGAAAAAGCAAUACAUUGUUAUGAACUUUUGUUACCCGAGGAUAUUAAUUGAAAGCAAUAAUUUUAU